AUGCACUUCUUCACAGCUUGUACUAUAGCCGCUUCUUUAUGGCUCGCUUACAGGUUUUAUAGACUCAUGGCAAUACCCAUGUAUAAGAUAAUAUCUGAUUUGAAUAUUCGAACACCACCGGCAAUAAAGGCAUCCGUUGACAGAAUUACCAGUGAUUCGAUAACUGUUCAUUGGGAAAAUGAACCACUAGAUAAAGGAACAUCUCAUAUUUCCCAUUUUAUUCUAUACAUAAAUAAUAUCCAAUUAGCAAUAUUUCGCAACGAUCCAAAGUUAUUAUAUACGUGUUGUCUAAUUACUGGAUUGGAGCCCCAUAAACAAUAUCAAUUGGAUUUUGUAACUACAAAUGAAUUGGGAUUUGUUAAUAAAUUGCCAUCAUUAUUUUGCAUGACUAGAUCAAUAGCCAAUGAAAAUAAAUUAGAAGAUUCUACUGAUUCAUUAGAAAAACCUGUUGAUUUAACUACCCCACAAUUACCAGGAGAUGAUAUUAUUGGUUCACCUUCCGCAACAAAAACAAGAAAGUGGAGAAGAAAUACAGUUUCUUCUAUUAAUCAAGUUGAUACAAAUUCAGAUUCUCCAGUUUCCUCACAUAUUCCUUCGUAUACUAAUUUAACAAAAUUACAAGAUUUAGAUAAUUUUUCAAUAGAUGAUUUGAAAAAAAUUCUUAUCUGUGCUCAAGAAGAUUUACAUGAAAUUUUAUCUCAACAAACUACAGCUAUUCAAGAUUUCCAAGAAAAUAAGAUAAAUUUAGAACUUGAGUUAGAAAAUUUAAAAUCGCAAUGGUCUCACGAAAAUGAUCUUAGAAAAUCUAUAAAAUCUAAUAUUAAAUCAUUAGAAAAUGCAAAAUUGUUGUCAGAUUUAAAAUUCGAAAAGACAAACCAGAAAAUUGAUGCAAUUAAUUCAAAGAUAGAUAAAAUGAAAAAGGACAUCGAAAAAUGGGAGAGUAGCGAAGUUGAUAGUCUAAAUGUUGAUAAAUUGAAGGAAACAUACGAUACAUUGUUAAAGGAGACAAGUAAAGAAGUUACUUCCAUGUCGAAGGAAGUUGACUCUUUACAACAAAACAUAACUGAACAAGAGAUCCGAAAUAAGAAGUUAAAUUCUCUCAAGAAAUCGUCAUCUUCUACAAAUUUGGCAGAUUACGCUAAUAGUAAUAACAAUAAUAAUAACAACAGCAAUAGCCAGCAAACUGGAAAGCCUGUUGACUCACAUCAACAAUCUGCUAAAUUAUUAAAGAAAAUAAGCGAAUGCAUAUCUGACAAGACUGGUAUUCUUAAUAACAGUGGUGAAUACUAUUUAUCCAAGCUGAAUCAAGAUAGUCCUGUAGUUUUGUUAAUAAAGGAACAACUACGGAUUGACCAGGAGUUGGAGCAAAAAUGGAGAACUAAGAAGAUCAGACUGAUUAAAAGGAUUAAAUUUUUAGAACAUAAAUUUAGUACCGCAAGUACAGAGAGUAGACAGUUAAAGGCUGGUGUUUUCGCAAGAACCUAUCAACAACAAAACGAUUCACCAUCUGAUUUCGUUCCAAUUGUCCCAACUACCUCAUACAAUUCGUCGACUGUAAAUGCUACGUACAGUAACUCCGAUUUGAAUGCAUUGGCGUCAAAUGAUGCAUCUAACCAAUCUCCUCAGUAUACAAACACAUCUAAUAAUAGAGGAAUAAAUCCUUUGUUAUCUGCAUUCAAUGUUCCGGUACCUAAUGAAAAUACAAGUCCCAGAAUGUCAAUGGAUCAUCCUAUGAACGAUGACUUUAAUAUGAUAACCGUUUCACCAACAAUAAAUCAAUCUCCAUUUGUAAAUCCUCUACAGGUUACGUCGGAUAGUGCAGUUGAUAAUAACGACUCAAUGAAUGUACUUUCAUCAUUUGGUAGAGGAACGGCGACUACGGCGACUACCGAUACUAUAGCAGCACCAACUUUUCCAUGGGGAUCUCCUAAUCAACAAACUCAAUCAAUUAAAUAUGCAAGCUCUUUACCUAAACAAGAGUAUAAUAAUAAUGGAUUUGAAUACAAUGAUACAAACCAUUUGAUUACCGGCCUGGAGAACAUGAUAUAUGAUGAAAAUGAAAAUGCAGAUAGGAUUAGUAACUAUUCAAAAAUUUAUACCAACGAUCAAUUGGAUAAUUAUUGGACAAACCAAAAGGAUACAAGUAACGGGUCAAUUCUUCCAUUAAGGAAUACAAAUAGUCUCGGGAAUACAAGUGGCACCAGCACAGGUUUAGCGUUUGGCAAUGAUAGAGCUCAACUGGGGAAUGCAGUUCCUGCCUACACAAAUGAAAUGAAUGUCCCUGUUUCUUCAUCACCAUUGGCAACUCAUGCCUCUGGUUUUAUCAGUGAUAGUCAGAACCCAUCCUUAAAUUUAAUGCAGCCACAAAGUUUACUUGCUGCAACCUUAAGUGACCCUGCUACUAUGUCACCGUUCCAAGAUAAUAAUCUAACCAUAUCUCAGUCUGAAUCGGCGUUUAGAAAUACAUUGAACAAUGGUGGAUCGGCCAUGGACACCUUCUUAUCUGGUGGACAUCCCCUUUCACCUCAUAACUCCCAAUCCUUAGCAGGUGCAACUCAAGAAUCAGAAUUAUUAAAUUUUAGUCAGCAACCAGCUCAACCAUUUUCUCCUCAUAUACUUAUUGGUACCCCAAAGACAACUAAUUUGGAUAAUGGAUUUGGUCAAUUAGUCCCUGAGAAUAAAAAUUCGAUCGCAGAAGAAGGUUCUGAUCAAUCCAAACAUGGUAAUCAUGAUUCGGUUUUCCAUUCACCUUCUUUCAAUUUCAUAUGGCAAACGACAACUUCGCCAUCUAAGAGCCAUAUUAAUAAAAAGAAUGGACAGUCACCAAACUUUUUGACUUCACCAACAAAACCUGAGGCCAAGAAAGAACAUUCAAUAUCUUCCCCUACCAAAUCUAAACGUAGUGAUAGCAAUCAAACCCAUAAGAGGGACAAGAGUGCUGGUAGCAUUUCAAGUUGGAGUAAUAGACUUUCAUUGAAGAGUCGUCAGUCAAUUACAUCUACAGUUGUUGAAGAUAAUGCUAGUGAAGAUGACAAAAGUAUUGAUUCAGGUGCAGCUAAUAUGGCGCAACCGACAGGAAAGAAGACAGGAUCUGGGUCGAGUGGAAGACGUAUUACAAGACUUUUAUCCAAGAGUGGUAUGAACAACUUAUUUAACUUACCGGGUCAUGAACCGCAACAACCAACAUCUUCUAUGUAA